UGCAAACGUGGAUCUAUCAUAUCACAUCAUCCCAGUCCAUCUUUUCUUCUGCUAUUUCCAAUCAAAACCCGUUUCAGAGAGAGUCGAGUAGACAAGCAGUUGACUAUAUUGCGCAGUCCUUUGGUAGAGUACAUGUGCUCGAUAUAAAGGAGAACCUUUAAAUUGUUUUCGAAUUGUUGAGAGCAGAAGAGCCGUUAAGUUAGUUUUGUGAUCGAUCUCCAUUAGUCACAAGAUGCGCCGUUCCAAUGUGUCUAACAUCCAAAAGCCUACUACUGGUAAUGCACCGAGUAAACGUUCUCGUGUGCAAACUACUGAUCAGCCAUGUCCAAAUGGAUCCCGUUCUACUUCAGGUAGUGCAAUGAGUAAACGCUCUCGUGUGCAAACUACUAAUCAGUCAUGCGAAAAUUAUGUAGAAGAUGGACUCAAUUCUGCUAUUGGUACCACUACAGAACGAACUACUACUGGGGUCAGAAUUAGUUCACGUCUUCAGCAUCAAACUGCUAAUGAUCAGCCAUUGAUAAAUGUUACAACUGAAGAGCAAAAUGAUAAUGUGAUGUCAGCCAGUAAUCAAGACCCUCCUACAGGUCCAACAAAAAAGGUGCGGGGAAAGACAAGAGGAGUGAAUGCAGAUAAAGUGCUUUCUCAAUUGAAUGCUAAAAUACCUGUCACUCUGACUGAACAAAAUGGUAGGCCUACAGGCCCAUAUGCUGAAAUGUUGGCCAAUGAAAUUGGUUUCACAGUUCGAAACCAUGCCCCACUAAAUGUGGAAAAAUGGAAGAAGAUUCCGAAAAUUGACGUGGAUAAGUUGGUUAAAAGAAUAACGAACAAGUUUGACAUUGACAUGUCUCUCCUUUGGGUCGAGAGAUAUGUAAUUACAACAUGUCAGACUGUAUUUUGUAAUUUUCGUUAUAAGUUGAAGAAACAUUUUGAGAAAUUUUCAACAAUCGAGGAAGCAAUUGAAAACAAACACGAUGAUGUCAAGACUCAGGAAGAAUGGGAGUUUCUCUGUGCUCGUUUUUCUAGUGAGAAGUUUCAGAUUCGUUCAGAGAAGAAUGCUAUAAAUAGGUCAAAGCUGACACAUCACCACAAAGCUGGGUCAAAGUCAUUUAUGUCUCACCAAGAGCAAAUUGCAGCACAGACUGGAGAGAUGCAAGGUGCAAUUGAUCGCUUUGAAACAGAGUACAAAAGCACUAAAAAAGGUUGGGACUUGGGAGCAAAAGCAAAGUGGGAUGAAAUGAUUAAGAUGCGAACUGAGACAACUCAACCUGAUGGAACUCAGACAAUGACAGAUGAUGAAAUUUGUGCAAAAGUCCUCGGAGUCAAAUCAGGCUACAUCAAGGGUUGUGGUUUUGGCCCUAGACCUCCACCAUCAAGAGUCUCUCAUUCGUCUAUAAAUGAAAUGUCUGAAAAGAACAAAGAGUUGCAAGAACAGCUUCAAGAGACCCAACACCUUGUAGGGACUCAACAACAAAAGAUUGAUGCACAAAAUGAGGUGAUCCAAAGAUUGGAGGAGCAAGCCAAAAAGUUUGAGGAGUUCAUGGCUAACUUUUCUAGGCAACAUCCAUCAAGUUAGUAUCUUUAUUAGAGAACUUAA